CCCCGAUCGUCGUGGAGAUUUUUCCCAAAAUAGGUCGAGAGGAGCGCUCCUCUAGUUGGGGCAGAUUCGGUGUCCCUGCGAAGGAUUAGGGUUUCGUCGCGCUCACCGCGAUGGCGGAGCAUUCGGAGGAGUCGAGCUCGAAGCCGGAGUCUCUGAUGGAGAAGAUUGCCGACAAGCUUCACGGCCAUGACUCCUCCUCGUCGUCCGAUUCCGACAACGAGAAAUCGGAGCCGUCCGCGUCAUCCGUGAAGGCCAAGAUCUACCGCCUCUUCGGGCGGGAGAAGCCCGUCCACAAGGUCCUUGGUGGCGGCAAGCCUGCUGAUGUCUUGCUCUGGAGGAACAAGAAGAUCUCUGCCGGGGUGCUUGGCGGGGCCACCGCCGUCUGGGUUCUGUUCGAGCUGCUCGAGUACCAUCUGCUCACUCUGGUCGGCCACUGCCUCAUUCUCUCGCUGGCCAUCCUCUUCCUCUGGUCCAAUGCAAGCACCUUCAUCAACAAGACUCCGCCGCACAUACCUGAGGUGAGCAUUCCUGAAGACCUGGCCGUGAAUGUUGCGCUUUCCCUGAGGUAUGAGAUCAACAGGGCCUUUGCUAUUCUGAGGGACAUUGCAUCAGGGCGAGACCUGAAGAAGUUCCUUGCUGUAAUUGCUGGACUUUGGGUACUUUCGAUCCUUGGGAGCUGCUGCAAUUUCUUGACCUUGUUCUAUAUCGUGUUUGUGACGUUGCACACCGUGCCUGUGCUGUAUGAGAAGUAUGAGGACAAGGUUGACCCAUUUGCAGAGAAGGCAAUGGCAGAAAUCAAGAAGCAGUAUGUGGUGUUUGAUGCCAAGGUUCUAAGUAAGAUUCCCAGGGGCCCAUUGAAAGAUAAGAAGCAGUAGAGAAGAAGGCAAUCUGAGGUUGUAGUAGGUUUGCACUCUGCUGUCAAUUAGAUGUGGUUUUUCUGGGCGAUGUUGUGUCUGUUUAUCUUUUGUCAGUUAGGGCAUCUCUUUACAUCUUAUUAUAUGAGGUGUUUGCGUUCUCAAUUUGGAUGAAUCAAACUUGUCUAAAUUGUACUGAUUCCAAGAUUUUGUGAUAUGGAUUGUCAUUAUAUAUGCAUGGAGUGUGUGCAGUUGCCUGCACGCUUCUUUUGUUGACAA